GGUAGAUGCUGGGUGGACCACAGGCGUGACAGUAGCCGAAAUAAGGAGUAGCGGUCUUCUAGUUCUCGUCGCAAUUGAAUUUCCGGAACAAAGGCUGCGUAUUUAUCACUGACCACUAUCUUGCUGUUUCUUAUUCUUUCCGGUAUCCACAGCAGAGCAACGAACACCUCUCUGUUUUGCUCUUUUAGAAAAUUUUUCACGACCGCCCCUUCUGGAGCUACAAAAGCAGACAACUCUCGCGCCUGUGAAGUAGACGGUGACUCCUGGUGAAGAAUUUAUUUUGGAAAUUUUGUUUUGGUUUGUGAUAGAUGUUGCGAAUUAUUUCACGAGAUGUUGACUCUCUCCUGCAUUCUCCUGCAAGUUAAAGAGAAAUUUAAAAAGAAAAACGUUGAUCUUCAUAUUACAAACAAGAAUGGACAUCUAACCCCAGAGUUCCGUCUUGUCAAGUAGCCGGAGCCAAGGACUUGACGAGAAGUGUAAUUAUGCCUAUUUGAUCUUUUGCGUCAGUUCGACUUACAGCACUUCCACUACAACACUCUGUACAAAUUUUGACAUGAAUGGGCACUCUACGAGUUUGAUAUCCACCAGAGAAUAUUUUGAAAAGCAGUCGGC